AAAAAGAGGGGGAAAGAAAGAGAAAGCACAUACUCUCUUCAAAACACACAACCAGACACACAUGCUUUCUCUCUCGCACCUAUUCUCACUGGCAUCUGAAGGGUGGUUUUUGGAUUUUUCAGCCUGAACAAGUAAGGAAGACGGCAAAAGAAGUUUCCUCAGACAGGUUCGGAUCACUCUCCAAGACAAUGCGUUACUGUCGAGUUUCCCCAGCUCUUCUUUGGAUUUGGUAAUUCUGUAGACUAUAAGUUCUUCAGACGGUCUGAGAGAGACGGACUGAGCAAGAGAAUGCUCCCUCAGGUCAUAAGGAUUUUAUAUGUAUUGUCCUUUUUCUUUUUCCAAGGAGGAUUUAUCAGACUGGGCUCCUGUAAAGAGGAGAUAAAGUCCUCCAGCAGACCAGCCUCAAAGCCUAUGUCUCCAUCCGACUUUCUGGAUAAACUGAUGGGAAGAACCUCCGGCUAUGACGCUCGCAUCAGACCUAACUUCAAAGGUGUGACACAAAGACCAGCAGUAAAUGUCACCUGCAAUAUUUUCAUCAACAGCUUUGGGUCCAUUACUGAAACAACUAUGGAUUACAGGCUUAACGUUUUUCUACGGCAACAGUGGAAUGACCCUCGACUGGCCUACAGUGAAUAUCCUGAUGCAUCUCUAGACCUGGACCCAUCUAUGCUGGACUCCAUAUGGAAACCUGAUCUGUUCUUUGCUAAUGAGAAAGGUGCAAACUUCCAUGAGGUCACAACAGACAACAAGCUGCUGAGGAUCUUUCAGAAUGGGAAUGUACUAUACAGCAUUAGGCUAACUCUCAUCUUAUCCUGUCCCAUGGACUUAAAGAAUUUCCCAAUGGACAUUCAGACCUGUACCAUGCAGCUAGAAAGCUUUGGCUACACCAUGAAUGAUCUGAUCUUCGAGUGGCUUUCUGAUAGCCCUGUGCAGGUCGCGGAUGAUUUGACACUUCCCCAGUUUGUACUAAAGGACGAAAUGGAUCUUGGCUAUUGUACCAAACACUACAACACAGGUAAAUUCACCUGUAUUGAGGUGAAGUUUCACUUAGAGAGACAAAUGGGCUACUAUCUCAUUCAGAUGUACAUCCCCAGCCUGCUGAUUGUCAUCCUAUCUUGGGUGUCCUUCUGGAUCAACAUGGAUGCUGCCCCUGCUCGGGUAGGCUUGGGUAUUACCACUGUGCUGACCAUGACCACCCAGAGCUCAGGCUCACGAGCCUCUCUACCCAAGGUGUCGUACGUGAAGGCUAUUGACAUUUGGAUGGCCGUUUGUCUGCUGUUCGUCUUCGCGGCACUGUUGGAGUACGCAGCGGUCAACUUUGUCUCAAGGCAACAUAAGGAGUUCAUAAGGCUCCGUAAGAAACAACGAAGACAGAGAAUAGAGGAGGAGUUUGUCCGGGAAAGCCGUGGCUUUUAUUUCCGUGGGUACGGACUGGGCCAUUGCUUACAAGCCAAAGAUGGAACGGCUGUGGAGGGGUCCAGCGUAUUCACCCCACCACCCCCCGUGCAAGUGCUAUACGAUGGAGAAGCGGUCCGGAAGCGUUUCGUGGACCGAGCCAAGCGAAUCGAUACCAUAUCUAGAGCCGUGUUCCCUCUCAGCUUCCUCAUAUUUAACGUCUUCUACUGGAUCACUUACAAAGUACUGCGACACGAGGAUAUUCAUACCGGCCUGUAAUGGGUCCAUCUUUCCAGCUUACACCAGUUAUUCUUCUUUACUGCUUCUUUUCCUGUAUCUCCUUUAUCUUUUAACCAAAAGCGGCUGUCAUAUUCACACUAGAAGUGUAUUUCCGAGGUAUUUUCGCUCCAAAAAUGCCAUUGAUGCUAAAACCAUGUGCUCAGGUGUGACUUCUGGAUUUCAAAAAGUACAAAAGUGCCCACUCAGAGUGACAAAGGGGGCUCCUAAAUGCAAAUGCUGCUGUCGGUGGCCUGGCUCUCUUCUCUGAUAACUUCAUUCAAGUGGAUUGCACUAAUUGCCAGAGCUAUUUUCUUCACUUCAUCAGCUCCAUUUGAGUUAUCGGCUGAAAGAUUUGUGUUGUUGUUUGGGAUAGAAAACACUGACUUGAAUUUUACCAUGAAUGUUUUUAAAAACCUGAGAACAAAUGUGUUUUUUACACCUUAAAAUGCAAAACUAAUGGGCUGUGAGGGGGGUUUGGGAUUUACUAUUCAUGGGCACAGUUACAGGGAAUAGUAUACUGUUUUACUAAUAUAAUGAGAUUAUAAAUAUAUAUAUGACUGUAUAAAGUGUACAUAAUAUGCAGAAAUGUUUGAAGACUGCAAACAGCACAAAUGUGUAUUUCUUUUUUGUCUUAUGAAUUUGAAUAAACGGAUA